AUAGUCAUAACUUCUGAACUUCCGAGAAACUGUGAAUAAUAAUGAUGACGUUCAUUAGCUUCUCAGAAUUUUUGCACACUGCGGCUGACAUGUAUAUAUAAACCCAAGAUGUAAGCUCUAACAGCAAUUCCAGGUAUAUCAACAUGGAGAGCUGCCCGGUACCCUGUGUUCCACAGUCGCACAUUUAUGCUGACAUUGAUUUCAAUGUUCGAUCACUUCUGCUGAUUUUUGGUGGUAUGUCAACAAUUGAUGAAGGCGACAUCCUAGAGCUCGAAGACAUCUAUCAAUUACGAGAGGACCUUGAGAUUCUGAUCCGAAACGUAUCGUAUUAUCACCCAAGAAUACAGGAACUCCAUGAAAGGAUUUUUUCGUUGAAAACAACGGUUGAUAAAUUUACAAAACAGGAGGUCAGUCUAGAGGAAAGGAUAAGAUCACAAUAUCAGCUGCAGUGGGACGAUAUGAUAGACAAAUUCACCGAUAUCUCAAUAGUUUGCAGCAAAGAACGCGAACGAAUCGAUGAACUUGAAAGAAAUGAAAUUAGAUAUAAAAGGGCACUGGAAAUUAAAAAUAGCAGAAUAAAGUCAUUAGAAGAGAAGGUCGCCAUACUGUCAGAGAGUAAUGAAAAAUUAUCCUCCACAGUUAGCCAAAUGAAAGAGUGGAAUGUAACUUUUUCAAAUACGAAAGAGUGGAAUUUAAAAACUGCCCACAGUCGUCUAGCCAUGUGCAAUGCAGAACGAACAUUCUUCCAAACAACACACAAUAAGACCAUCGGAAUGAAGAUGUAUGACGAGUGGGUGUUUGACAAAACAAGAAUACAGCAGUAUUGGGACGCACAGAUCAUUCAGACCACACAUAUCAUUAGGAAUAUCUAUAACAUUCGACUAGAGGCAGAAAGGCGAUACCUUGCACAACAGUAUCAAAUUAAGAUGAACAGAUCGGAAACAGAGAUACUGAAAUUCAAGAAAAGUUAUAAAGCACAACUUUUACAACUACAAGAGAAGGUAGCCCAAUUUCAGACGUUAUGGGAAAAGAUGGAAUCCAAUUGCUCAUCUAGGCAUGAUCAACAUAGAUGCACCAGAUUGGGAGAUAUUAGUGAACCGAGCAUUGCAUAUGCAGAAAAAAGGGUCAUUUAUAAUGAAAAGGAGAUUCUGAAAACCCCGUCUCCUGAUGACAACGAAUUUCUUGAGCAAAAUGAAGAACUAGAGGGUGCAGGAUCACUUGAUUAACCAACCGCAGGAUAGUUAGACUUCAAAGUAAAAACGUUAUUUUCUAUUGUUCUUUAUUAAUUUUACAAUGCAUUUUAGUGCUGAUAUUUAAUACAUUAUAUAUACUGUUAUGUUAAAAAAUAACCCGUUUUUAUAUUUUUCAUUGUAUUUUUCAUCUAUAAUCGAUGCUUAAGUAACAAAAAAUUAGUUUGACUUGUUCUGUUCUAUUGUUCGUAGUCUGAGGGUUGCUCUAAAGGUAAUGUCUCAUUGCCUUAAAAUCUUUUAAAAUCUAAUGUUAUCAACAAAAUUUUUAAUACUUAAUAUUCAUCUUGUUUUUGCCACUGCCUAAAAUUUCAUUCCGAGGUAUGUAGGUGAAUAUUCAGCAUAAGUUUUAAAAAUAAUUUAGCUGUAACAAUAUAUUUUGUAAAUUAUAAUUCUUCCAGGACAAAAAAUUCAUUUUAUACUUUCAAUUUGAUGUGCAUGUAUAAACAGUGUAAUAUGUAGCUUAUAAAUAUAUGUUUGCUUUUUAUACUUAACGUUUAUGCUAUCCCUUUUUCUUACUUACCCCAAAAUGAAAAGAAUAAUAAUAAAAUGACUGAAACGGCACUUGUGAUUUCUUUGAU